UUCAGUUCGGUCUCUGAUAGUAUUGUUGUGCGGAAGUGAGAGACGAGCCAGCGUGUUGGUGGACCAGAUAAUAAUUCCAAUUGACUAUGAUUUGCCCCAAUUAGUAGCAGACAAGCUGGGAAGAAACAAUAUCAACUAGUUAAUGGCUAUUGUUAACUACUAUAGUUAAUGUUAGUGUAACAUUCUCCAUUCUGUACAGGAAAAGUAGUGUUUAGCUAAUAGCUAACGUUAGCUAGCUAUUCUAAAGAUGGCCAGGUUCAUUACACCCGGUUCCAUGGGGCCGUCUCGCGGCUGGACGGUGCACCGGGGGAAGAGGGGUGCUCCAGCCUUGGACACUGAUACGGACUCACACGGGAGAUUAAAACCCACUUCCGUGUGUGUCGGUUCAUCAUGGAAACUGGUGUGAAGUUGGGCAUGCGUUCGGUGCCCGUGGCGACAGCGUGUGUGUUGUACCACCGGUUCUUCCAGUGUGUGAGUGUGACGGUGUAUGAGCCCUACCUGGUGGCUAUGAGCUGCAUCUACCUAGCAGGCAAGGUGGAGGAGCAGCACCUUCGCACCCGUGACAUCAUCAACGUGUGUCACAGGUAUUUCCACAGUAGUAGUGAACCUCUGAACUGUGACGGUGAGUUCUGGGACCUCAGGGACAGUGUGGUGCAGUGUGAACUCCUGGUCCUCAGACAACUCAACUUCCACGUCUCCUUCCAGCACCCACACAAGUAUCUCCUCCACUACCUCCUGUCGGUGAAGUCGUUAGUGAAUCGUCACGCCUGGUCCAGAACUCCCGUCGCCGAGACCACCUGGGCGUUGCUUAGAGACUGUUACCAUGGCACCAUGUGUGUGCGCCACGCCCCCCAACACAUCGCCAUAGCAACGCUGUACCUGGCACUACUCAGCUACGGGGUGGAGGUUCCUGUCGGAGAGAGAGAGUGGUGGCAGGUGCUGUGUGAAGACAUCACUAAGGAACACAUUGAUGCCAUCAUCUCUGACCUGCUACACCUCUACGACAUGGAGGCCAAAUGUACCUGAGGGAGGGGGUGUGUGUGUGUGUGUGUGUGUGUGUGUGUGUGUGUGUGUGUGUGUGUGUGUGUGUGUGUGUGUGUCUGUACUCUGAAGAACUGAGCUGUUUAUCAACAUUUCAUCUUUUUGAUAAUAGAUGUUAAUACAUAACUGGUUUAGUUAGGAGCUCACCAGGUUGUCUAAGGUUGUCCCUUUGACACUCUAUGAUGUUGCAUCGAAAUAAAACAGAAACCAUAAGAAGCUC